AUGAAUCCAUCGCAACUCGCAUUUCUGUUGGGCAUCGCCACUGUGGCCACGGGCCAUGGGGUCAUGAUUGAGCCCCACCCGUAUAACCUCGAGACGGCGCCUCUACUGCAGGUGUCACCGCUUAGUGCUACGCUUCCCUUCCCUUGUCAGGGACGUUCGGAACACGUUGAGAAGAGGACAACUCUGACUGCCGGCACGACCCAGGCUGUCAAGUUCAGGAUAGCUGCCGUCCACGGCGGUGGAAGUUGCCAGUUCAGCGUCACUUAUGACUAUCCGCCGCCGGCCGACCCUACCAAGUGGAAAACCAUCUAUACUAUCAUCGGGGACUGCCCUGCCAAGGCGGCCGGCAACCUGCCGACGGUCGAGAAGGACAAAGACGGGAGGGAGAACGGGCCGCAGUGCGGCAACGACAGUGGCAGCGAGUGCGUGCGGUCAUUCGAUAUCCCUAUCCCAGCCGGCAUUCAGAACUCCGAGAACGCAACUUUUGCGUUCACCUGGUUCAACAAGAUCGGCAACAGGGAAAUGUACAUGAAUUGUGCUCCCGUAAGUAUUGUCGGCGGAACCGACGACAAGGAGUUCAUGGACUCGCUGCCCCCAGUGUUUCAAGCGAACAUCCCAGGGACCUGUACAACAGGCGAGAGCGGACAGCUGCUGAACAUCCCCAACCCCGGCAGAUUCGGCAAAGUCAACGCGGAGCCCAGUCCCAGCGGCAACGGCCAGUGCCCAAAGGCGGAUCCCCCAUCCUUUGUUGAGAGCCCACAGGGCAGCGGGAACACGGCCAGUCUGGGUGUCACUCCCACCAGCGUCCCGGCCACGAGCGUCCCGCAGUCUUCUUCGAGCUCGUUCAUGACCGUGACAACCUCUGCGCGGGCCGUCACCAGCGGGCAGCCCAAGUACGGUAGCAGCGCUAUGCCUUCAACUGGCACUGCGACAUCUGAGGCGGCCCCUGCUGAGACCAGCCAGCCUUCAUGGGCACAUGGUAUGAAAGCCUGUCCAGCGGCCGACGGAAGCAUAUUCUGUUACGAAGACAACACUUUUGGGUUAUGCACAGAAGGCUGGGCGGAUCCGAUGCCCUUGAAUGAAAAUCAGGUCUGCUCGAAUGGCGAAAUCCGAUACAAGUUUAUCUCCAGCUCCAGCGUCUAA